GAGCAACCUUACGACCACCACCCUCCAAACAAAACAUUCCCGACACUUCUCACUGAGGAUAGCCAAGGGCGUAGACCCUACAGAUACUGCUCUACAAAUGCCACUUUCAGAUGAAUACAUAUAUUAUCUCCUACCUCCCACCUCCUACGCCCACGCCCUUGGCUCUCCUCAGUGAGCAGCCUUACGACCACCACCCUCCAAGCAAAACAUACCCGACCCUUCUCACUGAGGAGAGCCAAGGGCGUUGUUCCUACGACCACCACCCGUCGAACGAACAUUUCUCCUAUAACUACGCUGGGAAAGCCUGGCAAAACUUUUCUAUCACCCGGAGCAAGGGCUCCACCAAGGAGAAGAACAAGAAGACGGGUGGAUCUACGAACAUAACCCUUCGAACCGAACGAUCACCACCGAAUGCACCUUCUACGCUCACACCCUUGGCUCUCCUCAGUGAAUAGCCCUACUACUGCCAUUCUUCCAACAGGCACAUUCCCUCUGUUCACUGAGGGGAGCCAAGGGUGUACUGGUCGAACGAAUACAUUCCCUAUGCAUGUGACGGCGGCCCUGGGGCCUUUGUGCCUGAGGUGCCAGCUCACCGCCCACCCGGCUGCCUUUAGCUAGUUCUCUCCGAUAGCCUCACGUAGAGGAAUCAACAAGCCUUCUCCAUCUCCCUAAGGCCCCAACAGCAUGUGCAUACUCUGAGAAGGUCUGGGACACUCAGCUCUACUUGGCAGACUGGAAAGGAAUAGCGAGUUGACACGGAAAUGACG